GGCGUCGCGUCGUCUCGCGGCCGGUCACCUCGCCAGUCUUCGCCGAGACACCGCGCCGCUCUCACUCUGCUUCUCUUCUAUAAUUCGCCGACAUUCGCGAAUUAGCGCCAGAAAUCGAGAAACCAAGCCACCGGUCCCGCCUUCGCCACGGAUCGCGGAUGAAAAAAAAAGAAAGAAAGAAAGAAAGAAAGAAAGAAGAAUCAGAAUCACGCAGGAAGGAAACCAAACGAUCGUGGAGAACGAUCGAGCGAUCGAUGAACGGUGAACGGUCGGGUGAAUGGUGACCAGACGCGUGUGCGAAAACCGGUUGCGUUGAGAAGGUCAGUUACUGGCCCGGCGUGAAGAAACGUGCGAUUAGACUCGCUCGAUAGAGAGCCUCGAUCAUUUCGAGAAUCCUCGCUGCUGGCAAGGAACGCGCGUUUUUUUUUUUUUUCUUUUUUUCUCUCUCGCAAGAACGAAAACGCGCUGAAAUCCUUCCUCGAUUCGCGUCGCAUCUCAACGUUUGCAGCGUCAAAAGGCCAAGGUUGCCUUGGGUUUCGCGUGGGUUUCGGUUGACGGACGAAGUGGGAAAGAGGAGCGCGAAGAAAGGAAGAAAGCGCGUAAUCAGCACGUGGGCAAGCGAGUAGCAAGCACGGAAGAGCCAGCAGCCGGCCUCUGUCGUGCGCGUGUCGUCGUUGACACAAAGAGCGCGGAGAAAGUGGGAAAGUUGAAGAAGGAGUACCACGGUUGAUGACGCCCUCGAGUUCAAAUUGAUAGCGAAGGUGUCGUUACGUCGAGAGCACCGCUGCCGGGAGGGUAAUGCGCUUGGCGAGCGGAAGUGAGAAGCUCCGGGCGGCCUUUUCUUCCCUCGGCCCUUGGUCUUGCUCCGCCGGCUGUUUCCGCUCGUUCUCCAGCAAGCCGAUCGCCGCUGCCCCGGAGGAAGAGGAGGAGGACGAGGAGGAGGAGGAGGAGGAAGGUGAACGCGGACUCGCGUCCUUCUGGAUCUCGUGGGCGAACAAAGGGCGAACAGCAACAACAGCAGCAGCAACAGCAGCCAGAAGGGAGCGCCUCGUCCAGCACGGCGCUCUUCUAACGGCGACAAGAGGGAGUUAUGGUGUCUCGUGCAUGCGAUGACUGUGGCUGCAGCCGUGGCACUGUGGCAUCGUGCCCACCUUUACAAGGCGAUCGCCUGCGUCGUCCUCGCGCUCAUUGCCAUUCAGUAUUUACUCAGUGGCGUGAUCGAUCGCCGCUCUAUAGAGACGAUCUUCACCAUUAACGCAACCAGGUACGCGGAUCGUAGCUACAGGCAUCAUCCACGUGGGCUGAUCAUAUACGGGCCGGUGACGGUGUCGAGCAUAUUCGGCAACAAUAAUGCCACCGCGGCGACCCUGUUCUGGAGCGGCAGAGACAAUUCCAACUUCUCCAAACUGGAAGCCGAUUUCUCCACUCGAAACACGUACAUCGUUGGAAGUUCCCAGGAAUCUUUGACCGCGAACUCGACCAACAGCACCGUGAUACCGCGAUGCCCCCUCAUUCCGCCGAAUCUCGUUGGCCCACUGACCGUCAUCAAGUCCCCCCCAGAGUUGCCAGCGAUGGAGAAGACGUUCACAGAGGUGAAGCCAGGUGGCAAAGGUUGUCCGACGGAUUGCGUGGCCAGGCAUCGAGUAGCCAUCAUCAUCCCGUUCCGCGACCGACCGAAACACCUUCAAGCGUUGCUUUACAACCUUCACCCGAUGUUGCUCCGUCAACAGAUCGACUACCAAAUAUUUGUGGUCGAGCAGAAAGGUAGCGACGCCUUCAAUCGCGCGAUGCUCAUGAACGUGGGAUACGUGGAGGCCUUGAAGGAACGACCUUUCGACUGUUUCAUUUUUCACGACGUCGACCUACUUCCCGAAGACGAUAGGAAUCUCUACACGUGCCCGGAGCAGCCGCGGCACAUGUCCGUCGCGGUGGACAAGUUCAAAUACAGGCUACCGUACGCCGAUCUGUUUGGCGGCGUGUCGGCGAUGUCGCGGGAGCAGUUCCGCCUGGUGAACGGGUUCAGCAACGUGUUCUGGGGCUGGGGCGGCGAGGACGACGACAUGGCGAAUCGGAUCAAGGCGCACGGCCUCCACAUCUCCCGGUAUCCGGCGAACGUGGCGCGAUACAAGAUGCUCACGCACAAGAAGGAGAAGGCCAAUCCAAAGAGGUACGAGUAUCUGAAAACGGGGAAGAAGAGAUUCUCGACGGACGGGCUGAGCAAUCUCCAGUACGAGCUGGCCGACGUACAGAGGCCAAAGUUGUACACGUGGCUGUUGGUGAAGCUGACGCCCCCGCAGCCUAGCUGAUGGCUGUCUUGGAUCGGAUAGCGACCGGAUCUGCUCGAGAUCGCUUGAGAACGCUUGCGAUCCUUUGAUUGCAAUAGCGGAGUAUUACUCGCGUUGGCGAAAUAUAUAUUUCGUCGAAGGAAAUCUCUCGAAGCGAGAGGAAAGGCGAAAAAUACCUGGAGUAUCGAGAAAGAGAGAGAGAGAGAGAGAGAGAGAGAGAGAGAGAGAGAGAGAGAAUGUGUGUGUAUGUGUGUGUGUGAGAGAAAGAGAAAGAAAGAGAGAGAGAGAGAGAGAGAAAUUGGUGUUUCAGUCAGUUUAGAAUACCAGCGAGUUGUUCCUUCCGCGAUUUCGUCGCCGACGACAAGCAACGGGAGGAACGUUGUUACGUGAUAUAUUUUUAUUCCUCGUAUUUUUUUAUCGCAACGGUAGAUUAAAGACCACGUAGAAUGUAGCAUACGAGCUAACGUGCCAAAGGAGAGUGAGAAUAUACAACGUGUGCGUGUGUGUAUGUGUGUGUGCGCGCGCGCAAUUAGGAGAAAGAAAGCGAGAAAAAAAGCGCGUAGAAAGAAACGGAAGAGGCAGCUCCGCCAUCCUUUCCGGACUCCGCUACCAUAGUUAUGUGAUACAUAUUACGUAUAUAAUGUAUAAUAUAUAAUAUGUAUUAAUAUUUAUAUUAAUAUGUAUAAUAUAUAUUAUAUAUUAUACCAUAUGUAUAAUGGAUAUUACAUAUGUAUGUACACGUACGUUAUCGGUCUAUAUGCGUACGCGAGUACAUAUGUACGUACGAAUCGUAAAUAGCUCGAGGUUUCCUCGGUCGGUCGUGUUACGGUACGAAACGGCGGCAGUCAGAGUUUUUCCGGUCGACCGCCGCGUAUCUAGGACAGCUUUGCAACCGACCUUUCUCAGCCAAUGUCGUAGUUGGCUUCCUUCGAGUUACCAACGAACAGACUUUGCACCGGCUCCCCCGUUAAGCGGGACAAACACGACUACUUUCUUCACUUUGUUUUCAACGUCUCGCGACGCGACGCCCUUCUCACCGUAUUUCGCGACUCUUGCGAACGUUUAUCAGAAAUUCAAAUUGAUCGAUUCUCUUUUUUCGGUUAUCGACGAUAAAAUGGAGAAAAAUUAUCACUUUUAUAUACAUAUAUGUAUAUACAGAGUGUCCCGCCAAACUGUUUAAUCUAGGAGUCAAAGAAAACAAUGUUUAACAGAGACACCCUGUGUAUAUAUAUAUAUAGUACGUGUCUCGCAGUCGUUCGAGGCUGAAAAAAAAAAAAAAAAAAAAAUGACGCGCAAGCAGUCUCGAAGCACGAACCCCCGGAAGAGGAAGCUUAUUUUUCCGAGAUUCGUAGACGGAAGUACAGGCGAAUUAAUUGUUACGUUAGGCUGGCUAAUUGUGUCGCGAAAGGUUUAUUUCCGUGGCAGGGGCUUGUGUAAUCGCGUAGAACGGACGUGCAACGGAAACGGUACUUAAGCGUGUAACGUGAACCAAUAUGUCGGAACCCCGCGUACUCGAGUGCACUGGUCGUUUAGCAUUUUAUACACGUUUCCUCGAAACACGUUGAAACUGGUACACGCGUUUACACGCACACGUACACGAUAGACACGCAUGGACAUACACACACGCACACACAUACCUGAUACGAUGCGGCGAAAGCGAUUCGCGCGCGCUCUGACUUUUGCAACCACACGCGAUGGAUCGACGAGAAGCCAUCAUCGUAGAAAACAGAUUCCAGCGGAUUUUCGUUCGUGAACUGCGUUCACCAAUCCACGCUGAGCGCGCGAGAAUGAUCCAGCCAUGUAAAGCGGCUGGGAAAUCGUGUAUGAAACGAAGAGAAAAAAAGAAGUGAGGCUUUCGGUCGGAUCGAAACAUACCACAUACAGACAUAUCACAUGUAACGUAAAAUACGCGAUCCACGACGUUCGAUCGCUUGGAUCUCGGUAUGCUGGAGAUCGUUAUGAGGGUGUGAGUACGGGCUGUGAAUCAAAUGCACCUUCCUUGCAGCGCGAAGAUCGAACAGCAGGAGGACGAGCACGGUAGAAUUACUAGCCGACGGGCACGGGUUUCCUGCGCGUUUCCACUUUUGCGUUCGUAAAGUGGAAACGUAUCGGGUACCGAAUGGGGAACAGGUUUCGAAGCUCGUCGAACGCCCAGGUACACGCACGAUCCUCUGUGUACUCUUGGUAUAUACAUACACAUACACACACACAGAUACAUACACAUAUAUGUAUAUGAGCGCCUCUUUAAUCGUUGUUCCUACCGAUCGAGUUUCAAACACAGGCGUCACCCAAGAAGAGGUCGACGAUUGCUCGUUUUUCAUGGUUAUCGGGUGUCCAACGCUCUUCCUCUCUGCCGUGCUCUUCUUGUUCAACGUCGAAACCAAGCGAGGCUGAACUGACGUUCGAAGGAGAAACGAUACACGCGAGUCGAAGACGAUUUCUUCACUUUAUUAUUAAGAAUACUCUGUGUACAAGAUAUUUCCAUUAUCGAGUAAUGGGUAACGCGGUAAACGACGAUUAGGAUUAAGCAAACGAAAGGUUGAAAGACGUCGGGAAGACCCGUCGAUCGGUUUCCGAACCGAUUCUCAGCGAGCGUCCUUUUUUUUUUUUUUUUUUUUUUUUUUUUUUUUUUUUGGUUUUUUCCAUACGAUCAUCAUCAUUAUUGUUACUACUCUCGCUACUAUUACUAUUACUAUUACUACUACUAUCACAACUACUACUAUUACUAUUACUACUACUUGUACCGCUGUUGCUAUUGAUACUACUAUUACUACUGAUACUACUACCGAUACUAUUACUAUUUUCUUUCUUGUUUCGAUCGUUGUUCCUUCGAAAACAAGGGUCCUCCGUUGUAGCAAUACGUUCACGCGUGUCUCGAAUGACGAUCGAGCCAAGAUAUUGCGUAAGAGAAAAAUGAACAUGUAUUUUCGUAGACGAACGUCGUCGAUGAACAUAAACGAGACAGAUACGUACGAUACGUACGUACAGUUGUUUGUUUCUUUUGUGUCGAACUUGCGUUCGUUUGUAGAAUCCGUACUUGCCCCGCGCGACAUUGCAAAAGGCACGACGAUUGAAACGAAAGGAGUAGCGUAAGCAGAUAAUAAGUAUUUAUACGAAAAUGAGUAAUCGACGAGAGAUGUCGGUGGUGUGUAAUAUACGUACGAUGAUUGUAAUCCGUCGCUUGUGUACCAAGAUUUACCAUUUAAGAUAUUAAUACGCUCGCGAACGAACACGGACACGAGGAGGCGUUUCUUCGGGUUGUACUGUUCGUUCGAUAAGAAAGUUUCACCUUUGUUUUUUUUCUUUUUUUUUUUUUUUUUUUUUUUUUUUUGCGUAAAAAGAAAA